AGAAAAAUCUUGUAUGACAUAUUGUGAUACAAUAGAAGAUGUGUUUUAUUUACCAGAUGAACAGACAACAUGAAUAAUGAUCUGUUCAUCAGUAAAACAGGAAAAAAUAGCGAAAGAAAAACUUCUUUCAAAGUGUUUACUGACUUAGCAGUCUAACAGCCUUAUCUCUCUUCCUCAGCCAUGCUUUGUGAAUCAGCAAUAGUGAAAUUUUCCAGGAGCCCCUAGAUGAAAGCGGGUGGAAAGGGUGAUUAGGGAUUUCCGGUCGGUCCGUGACCUCGCCCUGCAGUGGGACAAUCAGCGCAUUGGCUCUGACAUUCUUUCUAUGAAGCAGUGCAGUGACAGCUGGACUUGCUUUCCAGAAGUCAUCUCAUCAUCUGACAGCAUACCUUAACUUUCCUUAGUGCAGGAGACAAACUACCUUGAAUUUCCUACUCUUCUGAGUUUUCCAAGCUGGUGGCAAUGGCAAAUUAUCUUGGAGUUACCUCAGCAGUGUCUUUCAUCUGGGUUAUGACAUUACUGGCUCAAAAUUACUUUGUAACAGGUUCCAUUAAUUCACCUUGCAGGAUCAAGGGUAUAGGAAUUUAUCUUGAUCAGAAAGUGAAUUUCUCAGAAGCAAGUAAUGGAUGUAAUCAAUUAAAUCUACAGCUGGCAAGUAAAAAACAAGUUGAAGAGGCUCUGAAACACGGCUUUGAAACAUGCAACUAUGGAUGGGUGAAAGAUGGAUUUCCUGUUAUUCCUCGGAUAACAUCCAACCAGAAAUGUGGACAGGGAAGAACUGGAAUAGUACAAUGGAAUACUGGCAAGGAUAAAAAAUUUAAUCUCUACUGUUUCAAUUCCUCAGAUGUCCAGAUUAAUUCAUGCCAACCAGACCCAACUACCACAUUUCCUUCAUCAACUGCAUCAAGGGACUUCACUGCAUAUUCAGCCUCUGAUUCGACUGAGAACAUCACAGCAGUGCCCACUGUGACUGUGACUGAGUCAGAACAACUCCUGAAAAAGAGAUUUCGUGUCAUAUGCGUGACUGAAACGAUCUUACCAACAGAGGGGCCCACCACACCAGUGCCAGAGGAGCACUUGCUCACUGACUCUCCCAAGCACACUCCCCACCUGGCCUUCAAGAAUGAUGCUGUUGUUUUUGGAGGUAUCCCCACUGCACUUCUUGUACUGGCAAUCAUCUUCUUCAUUAUUUCAGUUGUUCUAGCAGUCUGUUAUAUCAAAAAGUACAAGAAAACCUUCCCAUUUUUAAACAAGAAUCAGCAAAAAGAAACAGUUGUAACUACUGCUCUCAAAGAGACUAAAUCAAAUGACCAAACGCCUGAGAAGGAAACACAGAAUAAUGGAAAUAAGGUAGAAGAGUGUAAAACUAAGCCUGAGGCCACAGUAAAAUGUCUAGAAGCAGAAGUUUAAAGGAAAGAAUGUACAGUACUUGAUGGAAGUUUAAAAUGAAGCACACAGAACUUAGCAGUGCUUUUAAACAUAAGUGAUUGUAAAUACUCAUAUUUUCUCUGUCUUUAACAUAUGAAACUUUGCUUUUUAAUAAUUACAUCUUUGGUAACAAAUAUUCUUCAGAAGAACAUGGUAUCUUAUUUACUUGAAAAAAAAUUUACGAAUCCGUAUUACAGCUCAUUUUUCUUUAAUAAAGAAGCAUUUAGGAAUAUGUUAUUAAUGACAUGCACUAGGUUAACUAUUUGCAUGGAACUCAGAUCAAUAUAUAAUGAAAAUGUUUUUUUUAUCUGGAUGGAGGAUGUCUGCUAGCCUGAUGCCUAAAAUAAAAUGCUGGCACUGUAGUUCUUCCUCAUGUAGAUUAGCUUAUUUCCAUUCAAUAGUUGCAUGCUGUUUUUAAAAAUAUCUGUUUACAAACAGAAGAAACAGUUGUGUUUACAAGGGAGUAAAAACUCAAAGGAUUGUCCCACUGUCAUUCAAAUACCCAAGGAAGGGUAAAAAGAUGCUGUUGUUUAUAUAUAUGUAUAUAUUUACAGCAGUGAAUAACUUUCUUAGGUACCUUCAUUGUAUCAUAAUUUACUGUUUUAUUUAUUAAAACCAUUAUCAUUCUUCCACAUCAGAUAUUUGACAGAGGGGGACAAAAGAAACCCUUGAACAAGACUUAUACUGGAGAUCUUUUGUGUGUACUCAAGUGGCUUUCUUAAUAAACUUCUCAAGAGGUAUGGGAUGUCUACAGUACUCCCUAAAAAAUAAACUAUGGUGGAUAUGUUUGUCUGGACAAUUUAUUCUCAUGGAAACUGUCUCAUGGUAAAAAGGAUUCAUAUAACCUUAAUGUUACAGAAUAAAUUAGUUGUUAUAAAAUAACAAUAUUAGCAGUUUAUCAAAUAUUUACCCGAAUAAAGAAUUUAGAUGACUUUAACUUACCUUUAUGUGUGAAGGAGGUUGUUAUGCCAAAGGAAGUUGUUGCCUUUUUUUUUUUUUAAUCAGGCAGCUUGAAAAACAUAGUCUUAGAUAAUAAUAAUGAUUUUUAAAAGAGCAAUAGAACUACUCACCUAUAUUGUGUUUUCAACAGUGUAGGGUACUGGACUAUUAACUUUAAUAUUCUUCAUUCACAUAAAUUUUUAAAUGCCCAGUGUUUUUACAUUCCACUAGUAGUGAUUUAUAGUGUAUUUCUAACAUUAUAUUUAGAGAUUCCCUGGGUUGUUUUUUUUUUUCUCUUUUUGCUUUUUUUUUUUUUUUUAAUAGUUCAGAAAUAUUUUAUUGCUCCAGGUGAUGCAGUAUAGCUCUAAAAACUGCUAAUUUCAGAUAUCCAUCAGCAGAAUUUUAGCAGAAAAACAUGCAACAGAGGACAGCACUGGACACAGCUUUCCCAGCCAGUUAAGUAACUCCUUUCCUUGUAAAGGAUCACAGUAACACCUUGGAUCCUGAAUGGAAGUGCUCUGUGAGGAGUAGACAGCACAAGUAAGGCCAUCAGGAAAAGCCACAGCCACCAGUCAUGAAGGUGCCAGAGUAGCAAAUGGGCCCAAGAACACAGGCAAACAUAGUGGAUUACAGGUAGUUUGUGAAAUUUUUUAAAUCUCCCUUCUGCUUCUCUUUUCCAUGUUUUAGAGAUUAGAAAUUCCUUGCUUCUCUAUUCUUUUCCCUACAGCCAAGAGGUAAUUAUUAUGUUGGUUCUAUUUUAGAGCUAAAUAAGGGUGCUCUUUUCUCCUGAAGUGUUUACUUGCUAAAAAAAUCUAUCCUGUUUUAACGAGAUAUUGCCUUAACCUCUCACUGUCUUAUUUAUCAUGUACCUAAAACCCUCAACUUUCAUCCCAACCUUCCCACUGAUUCCUGACCAGUGCCCAUGGUUUGAUCGGCCCCUCCAUUUCACUACACAAUUUAUGCAACAGCACAAGGGCUAAAGGAGCUGUUACACUGCUCUGUAUGGAAUAAAGGCAGCUCUAAGUACUAAUCAACAAGUACUGUAUUUGAUAUUGUCUCUAUGUACUUAGCACAACUCAGUCACAUUGGAAUUGGAAAGUACAAAAUAUUCCUGCUCAUUGUUUAAUGGAAUUGCAAGGGAUGCACUACUACAGCACAAACAGGAAACAUUUAUUUAAGUAUCUGGACCAAGAGUGUCAAACACCA